AUUUGAUCCUUAAUGCUUAAGUGGCCCCGGAGAUGCAAGCUGGCAGUAGCGGCGGAGGAGGUCUCUAACGGUUGGGUAAGGAUAUUAAAUUCCAUGGGGACUUGAAGUUUAUAACCGUGCAAUCUGCUCUUUUUCGUAUAUUUUUAAGUUUACGUGGAUGGCAUACUGAUAUUAUAUAAACCGCAAUACGACGAACCACAUCGACUCCCUUGAUAGUCACUCGGGAGAGACACAUACGGCAUAUGUCUGGAACUUACUCUCGGAGCAUCUUACGUUGAACAAUUAUUUGAAUAGAGCUCAAGUUCUACCCUAUCCUUGUUUUUAUCAUCAAGCAAGCCAUCACAGUAUCACACAACAUAACUACUACACCGCAUUUAAUUACCACAACUAUGGGAAGAAGAGAUACAUACUCAGAGCCUCCCCGGAGCCAUCGUCAAUCCCAUCGCCAACCUCCACCCCGCCGCGGCCCUCCUGUCAAACAGAGCGCAUCCGGCUUCGAUUGGACACCGGGCAUUGUUCUCGCCCUCCUUGGCGCCUUUACAUGGCUCAGCCACGACUUUGAUAACUACAAGAAGAAGCACGAGCACUGCGAUGAUCGAAGGGGGAGUCGAAGUCGCGAUAGUGAGAGGGGAAGGCGAAGGUACCGAUCGAGUAGUCGGUAUCCAGACGACGACUAUGAUGACUAUAACUAUCGAGGUGGUCGGGGCUAUAGUCGGUAAAUGAAGGUCAAUGGUUAUGAUAAUGAGUACACGAUUAUGAAACGGAGUAUCGAGGAAAUGAACAUAGGAGGCAUAAAGUUUGCAUUUAGAUGUCCUUGUAACAUUCUCAAACCGGUUACUUCAAGGUCAAGAGCCAUAACAAAAGUUGUUUCUCUUUCUUUCAAGUGACAAUCUGGUAUUAUGGCUGGAAUUACGAUGUGAACUACUCUGGUUCUGGUUCUGAAGGUCUUUGGUCUAAUUUCGAGGACUUGAACAAACUUAUCAUCAUCAUUAUCAGAACAUUCUUAAAUUUCGAAGAACUUCUUGACUGUUGUUACAUAUCCAACGCCAAUACAUAAGC